GCUAGGGAGCCCAGAAACAAGCUGAUUCUCCUAUGCGAUGGAACAUGGUGCGGUAAAGAGGCCGGCACAGAAACUAAUAUCCAUCUACUCGCCGAAAUGGUCGGCAUCCGCGUGGACUCGGAGCUCUCUAUACGGAGUACCGAUACUGUCAAAGCCCGCUAUGCUGACGGAGUGGGCUUGGGCAGCACAUUUCUGCACAAUCUCUUCGAGUGCGCGGCCGCCGUUCAAGUUAAUGAGGAGUGCGAAGCGGCGUAUCAAUACAUUGUCGAGAACUAUACGCUACAAUUCGAAAUUUGGAUGUUUGGUCUGAGUAGAGGAGCUUACAUUAUCCGGUCUGUCGCGGGCAUGAUCAACAACUGCGGUAUUAUAAAGCCUACGCUUGAUAGACAUGGAAACAUUAACCGUACCAUUACGACUAUGAGAUGCAAACGAGUGUAUAAGAUAUACCGCUGCCCAGAGGAAUGGGCCCAUCCUCAAUCUGACGACAUAAGAAAACUUCGUAUAAGGAACAGCCAUAAUGUUAGAACACCCGUCAAGUUCAUAGGCCUUUUUAACACAGUAGGAACCCUAGGUAUUCCGGAACUGAUUGGCGGCGAAGGCCUCGUAUGGCGAGAUAGCUUCCACGACCAGAGUGUAUCCGGUAUUAUGGAGAAAGUAUACCAUGCCAUAUCUCAUCACGACAGGCUAUCCGCAUUUCGACCUUGUUUGGUGAAUCGAAGCGUCAGAUCUAAGACAGAUCCCAAAUUUGAAAUCCACCAGAAGUGGUUUCCUAGGACGCAUUACGACCUAGGUCGGCAGAAGUUUAAGUUCUUUCGAGCGGGCACUAGUCUACCUCAAGCAGCGGUUACAGUACCACUAAACCUACUUUCUGGGACGGUCCAACCGAAUACUGUACUAUCCGACCUAGUAUUGAAGUGGAUGUUGGAGAGCAUUCAGCACGAAGACCCCGACGGCUUAGUAAUUCCUGAUAUCAACGAACAAAUUCAAGCAGUCAUCGACAGAAUACGACGAGGCAAGGAUGUCGGAAGCGGCGACGUGUACGAUCACCUACUUCAAUACAUUCCUUUUGGCUAUGUUAUCCGCAGCAAAACGGUUCAGGGGCUUGUUGGGGUCAAAUAUAUCAAAGAUAUUCUCGUGGGGUGCAAGCCAAGGUGCAUUCUUAGAGGAACUGAGGACGUCUACCAUUACAAGGACCCUGAUCCUUCUCUCGGUGGCUUGAGUAUCAGAGACUUGGCACAGUUGACCGGUGGUAGAUAUCCGUCGACAACGUACGAG